AUGACGCUGUACAAUGCCGAGCAAGCUGUGCAGAUCCCGACACAAAGGGUUGAAGUCGCUCAGUCCAUCAGGGUGGUUGAUCGAUUGAUCGCAGCAUGGCCGACGUGCAGACAAGAUGCGGCUCAGAGGUUCAGCGUCAAUGUCCGAGGCCCGAUUUCAACACUAGCAGCGCACAUUCUCCGAAGCUCACCAAGCGUCCCAAGCAUUCUCCUUAUCCGGCUCCCACACUCCCACACCAAGCAUUCUCACGGUGACGACCCACAAUACAAGAUGCUGUUCAUCCAGAUUAUGAUCCCAUGA